CACAGACGCAGAGACAGACAGGGCAUCGAAACUGAUUGCAGAUCGGUCUGUGUUUGACAGAGAGGGGUCUGUUCUCUCUGGUUGAGCAGCUCUGGGAACAGAUAUGGACGCUGCGCGUGAACGCGUUUACAGAUGCAGACUAUUGUAACAUCAUUACAGAAAUUAACCUUAUGGAGAAGUCCGAGAUGAGGAAGUCUGUAAGAUUGAAGGAAACUCAGACUGCAGAGGACAUCAUUUUGUCUUUCCUAAUGGCCUCUGAUGAGAAUCAGAACAAAAUGCAGGAGGCAGAGGUUGAGGAAGCUGUUAAACACAAUUCAGAGAACACGAACCUGGAAGAGAGGUCUCCUACAAGCAUCAAGAGCCAUAGCUGCUCUGUAGAUCAUGGCAGUCUCUCUGGGACUGUACCACCUGGGCCUAGUCCUGCUCUUCUGGCUUCACUGCAGUCCCUCGUCGAACACAAUGAUCACAUGCUCCUCCCUCAUUCCUUACACCAGAUAGCGGAGGGCUACUUCCUUGAAAAGGACUAUCAGUGGUCAGUGGAGUUUCUCCAGCUAGAGAAGCUGUAUCAUGAAAGACUGCUGUCUAAUCUGGCCUCCAUACAAAAGGAAUGGGAGUCCCAGAGGAAAAUCAUCGUCCAAACCGAAAGUAACUCUAAUGGAAGUGACAGAGAGAGAGAACAAAUGGAACUGUUGAGUCAUAUCUGCAGAACACACCAGAGACCUAACCUCGUUUUGGAAAAGAACAUGGAUGACAGAAGACUACACAACAGCCCAACACUUGUGUCAGAGCACAGAUCAAAAUCAGAACAAGCUUCAGUGAACUCAACCGAGAGAGAAAACCGGGCAGACGACUGCUCAUGGCUGGGAGCUGAACAGGAGCCAGAAGAGGACUGUGAGUCGAAUGACGAGGAGGAGGAGGAGGAGGAGGAGGAAGAUCUUGAGGAAGAUGAGUGCUGGACUGAGGAGCUGCAGGAUGACACAGUCGUUGACGGCCAGGUUCCUGUGGAUGAUUUUCAGAAAUAUGGCUUAGUCUCCAUUUUAAAGAAGAGAGUCUACGUCAAGGAAACGGAGAAUGCCUUGCCACUAAAAGACUCAACCAAGCGCAGAGUCCGCUUUAGAGAGCCUGAAGAUGCUUUCGAUCAAGAUGAGUCGGCCAGAAACUCUUGCCUCAUCCUUCUCAUCUUGUGUCUGGUUACCGUGGUGAUUAGCAUGGGUGGGACGGCUCUUUAUUGUCUCGUUGGAGAGGCGUACUCAAAUGUGUGUGUCGACUUCUCACAAAACGUGGACUUUUACUUUGGACCUGUACGACGGGGAGUGGACGCUCUCGCACAGUGGCUGUCUUCUGAUGGAUUAUAACAGCAAUUUUAAGCUAUUUUAAAUGGAACUCUUUCUUAAUAGUAACAUUUUUCCGAUGAUAAACAACAGUAUUCUUCUUGAGAUAUGCACUAAUGCACAUUACCAGACUGGCCUUAAGAAAUACUGCUUUAGUGAGACUAUACAAAUCACACGGGGCUUCCUAAUGCAUAAAUGAAUUUGUAUAAAAUAUUUAAUAAUGGUACAAAAAAACUGAACAUUACAGAUAAUCCUAAUAUAACACUUGUUACAGAUAGUCUUAAUAAACCACUGCCAUUCUUCGAAUCAGUAAAGCCCCUUUCACACUGCCAUUCCGGCAAAUACAGGGGUAAAGUGUUCCUGCAAUUGGCCCCUGGUCGCUAGAUUUGGCACUUUCACACUGCCAGUGAUGACCCGGGAUAUGUGCGUGCUUUCACACACAACCCUUGAAGAUCCCGUAACGACACGUGACAUCAGCGCGACGUGUAAUGUACGAGUCGACAACGCUAGGCACGUUAUACUUUCACUGAAGCAAGCAAAUGGUCUCGGCGUCAGCGCGGAAAGUGAGUAACUAACUGAUCUCUGCUUCAUUACAGUUUGCACAUAUGUUUUCGUCGCGAAUGUUGAUCUUCCUUCAAAACAGCCGGUAAAAGAGUCGCACGAUAACGCGCGGCAUCACUUCGACACGGAAUUAGAUCUGGCUUUUGUUCACACAGUGCUUGUCCCGGGUCGAACCCCCCCAAUGUUACUAGGUCCCUGACCCGGGUUCAAUUCGGUAAUCAAUUCCGGGACGUGGUUGCUUUCACACAGAAGGCGACCCGGCAAUGUUCCGGAAAUAUUGCGGGUCCGACGUGCAGUGUGAAAGGGGCUUAACUGUAACAUUGAAAUAACUGCAUUUGGAGCCAGUCAUUUUUUUUUUUUUUUUUUGUCAGUUUUAGUACUCCAGGACACUACAUUCCAUGAUUAUUUUUGUCUUUAUGUUUUUAUUUUGACUUGUCACUUUUCAAUGGGGCAAUAAUUACUGAAAUUAUUAUAGUAUGAACAAAUUAAGCAUAAAUGGGUACAUUGUUAAAGUAAUAGUACUCUCAAAAAUUAACAUUAGCUAAUAAUUUACUCCCCGUAAAGGCCAUCCGAGAUGUAGAUGAGUUUGUUUCUUCAUCAGCACAGAUCUGGAGGGAUGUAGCAUUGCUUCACUGGCUUACAGAUGGAUCCUCUGCAGCGAAUGGGAGCCGGCAAAAUAAGAGUCUGAACAGCUGAUAAAAAUUUUUUUUUGAGUAAUUCACAAGAAUCCAUUCUAUCAAUUAACAUCUUGUGAAAUGAAAAGCUGCGUUUAUAAGAAACAAAUCCAUCAUUCAGGAGUUUGAAUAUUUUAAUUUUAAAUAUUUUGAUAUGCUCAGAACCAAAACGCUGUUUCAUUAUAUGUGUUUAUGUUUUUUUUUUCUCCAAGUAAUGUUGAAUGUUAAUGAUCUCUGAAUUAUGGUUGUAAAUGAGUUUUUAUAUAUAUAUAUAUAUAUAUUAUGCUGUAUAGCUCUGUCAAUAAUAAUAUUGGAUUGGUCCUCUGAAUGGUAGAGUAUAUGACACAGCAGUAAAUGGAUUCGGCACACAUAAUAUAGCCAAUAGUGAAGUAGGAGAAUUUCUCUUUAGAAACACACACCCACAGACUGACUCAAUAGCUCAUUUCAUUUCAGGAUCCAAUAGCAACUUUGCUCCAAUUGAAACUUUAAGAUUCACAGCACAGCAAAAACUAUUAUAGUGACACAGGCCUGACUAAGAGGCAUUAUCGUGAUUUUGAAAUGUGACUAAUGCAAAGUAGGCUAUGUAUUGAAAUAAUUCAUAUUGCUUAAUUUAAUUAUACAAUAUGUGAAUCAUUGAAGACAAAACUGUACAGUUGGUGCCGAAGGUCUGAAAUAUAAUAAUUUGUAAUAAAAAUGUACUCAUAAAUAGACAAUUGUUGUAAAUUGAUAAAUAGAAGAAUUUUCACAAGUAGUGCAUAUAUUUGCUGGCACAUGUUAAUAGUCACAAAAUAAACUGGCACCCUCCUCUGUGUAA